AUGAAUCCUUUGGACUACAGAGGUCUGAAUUUUUGCGCAUAUCCUGCGUGGUGGGGCCUGGAACGAGGAGCAGCCACAGGAAAAACUUCUCUGUCGCCGAGCGUUCGAUGGGUGCGUCGCGACGUCACCUGCGCGGGCGUCUCCGACUGGCUGGGACACUCGGUGAACGACCAAGGCAGCCGUCAGCGACCGACAAACAGACCCCGUUUUUCGGUAAAUGGAAAGCGGCAACCGAAGGGGACACGGAGUCUUGUGUGCAGCAAGUGGUUCCCGUUUCCGGGGCUGUCAGAGGAUCGUGACACCCAGAGGGACCAGCGGAACAAGCGCUCCCCAGACUACGCAGCGAACGCUGGCACUGUAAUAGAGACCUUACGUUCGGACUAUCCCCACCUUUUUGAACGAGAUCCAAACUUUGAAGUAUACUCGCCGACAAUCACGCUGGUGGACCGCACUUCAGGAAACGUCCUGCAAGGACUCGGUGCAUACAAAGCCGUUUUCUGGGUGCUUCGUUUACACGGGAAGCUUCUAUUUUCGGAGCGCUCCAUUGAAAUUACAUCACUCUUCCAUGACGAGCGCGAGGGAACCGUUUACAUUCGAUGGAUCAUGCGUGGGCGUUUACGGCGCUGGGUCCCUCUUCUGGGUUUGGGCGCUUUCCGGCUCCGACCCGAGCAGGACGCCCCCGGGUGGCAGGAGAGCACCUCCUGGGAGGAGGAAACGAGAAUCCGCCAGCUUGAGGGAUAUUCGAUGUACUAUUUAAACUUGGACGGGUGGGUUGAGCAGCACGCGUUGGAUAACAUCCAACACACGCGCCUGCGCUUGCGCCCGCUCGUCGAGUCGAUCCUGGGACUAGGGACGCUCCAGCCUCUACGCGGGCGCCAGCCGGCUCUUCAUCUGGAGCGUCUCCGCAGCGGUGUUGAAUGGUUCAUGGCGUACCUUCGUGCACAGAUGGCUCUGCAAACGGUGCCUGCGCUGGAAGGAUCCGUAUACUUGUGGCAAGAGGAAGAAGCGAAUGAGCCAGGAACCAACGAAGACAACACUCAGGAAGCAAUUCGUCCUUGGUCAGACGGGGGAACUCAGGGCCCGGGGCCAAAUGGUGAACCUACCGCGUGA